AUGAAGGCCGUCGCUGUUCUUGCCCCUCUUGCCCUUAUGGCUGUUCAGCCCGCUCAAGCCGAUGUUGGUCGUGGCAUCAGCCUCGCCUUUGAGUUUUUCGGGCUAGGUAUUGCCGAUCUCUUCAAAGAAGUGUUCUCAAAGCGUGAUGGGGUUCCUCCCGUUUUUACUAAACGUCAGGGUCCUCCCGCUGGAGUUCCUGAGUUUGAGUUUGAGCGUUGCAAGACGGACAUUGCUGGUCUCACCAUCACUGCUUCUUCUCCAGCUGCAAAUGUCAUCCAAUUCAGUGGUGUGCCAGCAACCUGCAUGAAUCUUGCUAAUGUUCUUGUGGGAGAUGGUACUGGACCAUUCGCUCUUCCCUGUGGCUCCGACUGCCUCAGCUACUCGGACCUUACCCCUGAGCAGUUCGCUGAGCUUGAGGCCGCCCUUGACUCUGUUGCUUGA